CUUACUUCUAUUCCUCUUUUUUACUGGGUUGAGGUAAGUUCGUAUUAAAUCAAGAUGCCUAUCGAUCCAAACCUGCUUGCCUCAUUGGAGGGACAGAGUCCCAUAGAAACACUUUCCAAAGCCGUAGAAAAGAACCCUGAUGACUUCGACUCGUGGACGAAGCUGCUUUCAAAGCUGGACGAUCAGGAUAUUGAGACUAUGAGAAAGUACUAUGAACAGUUUUUGGGUCGUUUUCCUUUAUGUUAUGGAUAUUGGAAGAAGUAUUGCGACCAAGAAAUCAAGCGAGGAAGUUUAAAGAAACAAGAAACGAUCGAUCGAGUGAACAGCAUUUGGAGCCGAGCGGUCGCUGCUGCUCCGUACUGCGUCGAUAUGUGGAUUUACUAUAUGUCCUUCGCUUCCACCUACAUGAUAGCCGAGGCUCGCGAUCUCUUCCAAAAAGCCGUUUCUCUCGUCGGAACCGACCCCGGUGCGGGUAAACUCUGGGACUCGUACGUCAUGUACGAAUCAUCCUGCAAUUCCCCGGAAACUCUGGCCGCUCUUUACGCGCGUCUGCUGUCUACGCCGUUCAAAGACCUGGCGACGUACUGGGACCCGUACAUGGCGUUCGCGUCGCAGCAAACGGUGGAGAUUCUGGCGAGCGACGAGGAGCUGAAGACGCUGGAGACGGCGUUCGACGGUGACGAGCGAAAUAAGCUGAAGAGCGACGAGGAUCGACACAUCAUGCUGAAGAAAAUGCUGAUCGAUGCGCGGAAGGCGGUGUUCGAUAUGACGCUGGAGAAGGUCAAGGCGCGCAACGUGUUCGAUAAGAAGUUCAAGCGGCUCUAUUUCCAUUUCAAGCCCGUCAGCCAGAACGAUCUCGCGAACUGGCGCGCGUAUCUCGACUGGGAGCUCAUCAACGGAACCACUGACUCGAUCACUGUACUGUUCGAGCGCUGUCUGAUCCCGUGCGCGUACUACGAAGAGUUCUGGGUGAAGUACAUCAACUGGGCGCACAUGGCACGCGGAUUGGAGGACAGCAUGCUCAUCGCGAAUCGCUGCUUGGAGUCGUAUCUGCCGCACAGCGUGAAGAUCUUGCUGACGAAGGCGGAGCUGCUGGAGGAGGCGGGCGACGUGGAGAAGACGAAGAGCUACUGCGAGGAAAUCGUGACGAAGCGGUGUCCCGAGCUUCUGGAAGGUAUCGUGUUCUAUAUCGAGCUGCUGCUGCGCCAGCACGAUCGGGACGGUGCGGAGGAACUGAUGGAGCGGUUCAGCAACGAGGAUUACUCGGUGGAGGCGAACGGGUUCAUCGUGGUCUACAUGGCCAACUACUACUGGAAGGUCCGCAAGGAUCUCAGCAUGGCGCGCAGCGUGCUCACCAGCAACAAGGAUCGCUGCCAGAAGUCGUUGCCCUUCUGGAAGUUCUUCAUGAACUUCCUCUACUCCACCGCGGAGCAUCCUGCGGACGAACUGCUCGCGCUGCGCGGCGAUUGCAUGGGCAGCGCGCUCGAUUACGCCUCCAAGCUCGAGAUGUACCAGCUCUUCUUGCAGUACUACGCGACGAUCUGCGAGGACGUCGCGAAUAUCAAGCAGAUGAAGCUCGAUUAUUCGCUGUGGAAGCUCGCCGUGUCCGCGGAGCAGCAGGCGGAGGAGCAGCGCGCGUCGCAGAAGCGACCCAGCGAAGAGUCCGCGCAGAACACACAGACGCAGUCACAGGCAGCAACACAGACGCAGCCCAUGGUGCAGCAGCAGCAACAACAACAACAGCCUAUGAUGCAGCAGCAACAACAACAACAGCCCAUGAUGCAACAACAGCCCAUGAUGCAACAACAGCCCAUGAUGCAGAUGGGACAGGCGAUGCCUCAGCAGAUGGGAACGGUGCCUACGGACCCGAACAGUCCCGAGUAUGCUCAGUACUAUUAUCAGUAUUACCAGUAUUAUGGAAUGAAUUAUGGAGCGCAGCAGCCCGUUCCCCAAAAGUAG